AUGGGUUCGUUAAGAUUGUCCAUUCCCUUGGACCCAUUCGACUCAAAAAGGUUUCAUUUUUCCGCGAACCCAUUUCAGUUUCCUGAUCAAUUUCCAAUCUUUUCAGUUCCCAGUAGCAUCUCCGCCACUAGAAAAUUCAAAAUCGGUUCUCCGAUUAGUGUUGAUAAAGUCCGAGUCGCUCGUCUCGAGACCGAAGCAAACGAGACCGAGAAUGCGAUCGAUUCUUCUACCCAAAAUGAUUCUGCAAGUGAAGCUACUGUUGAGAGCAGCUCGAGUUCUAAAUUGAAAGGUAGUAACAACGUCGCGAGCGGUAACAAGAGAGGGAUAACGAAAGAUGUAGCUCGAAAGUUCAGUUUCAGAAGAGAAAGCAUCGAGCUUGAGGGUUUGUUUGUGAACAAUGGAGAAAUGGAUGUGAACUAUUCCGCAAUCAAGCCCGGUUUGAGUUUAGAGCAUUACAACGGUAUACUGAAACGCCUUGAGAGUUGCAGUGACACUAACGCCGUCAAGUUCUUCGAUUGGAUGAGAUGCAAAGGCAAAUUGGAAGGCAACUUCGGAGCUUACAGUUUGAUUCUCAGAGUUUUCUCAAGGAGAGAGGAAUGGGACCGAGCCGAGGAUCUCAUCAGGGAGCUGUGUGGAUUCCAUGGCUUUGAGCAGAGUUUUCAGGUCUUCAACACGGUUAUAUACGCAUGUUCUAAGAAAGGGAAUGUUAAAUUAGGCUCGAAAUGGUUUCAGAUGAUGUUGGAGUUUGGUGUUAGACCAAACGUGGCUACAAUAGGUAUGCUCAUGAGUCUUUAUCAGAAGAACUGGAACGCUGAUGAAGCGGAGUUCGCGUUUUCUCAUAUGAGAAAGCUCGGGAUUGUGUGUGAGUCUGCUUACUCUGCGAUGAUAACGAUUUACACGCGUUUGAGAUUGUAUGUUAAAGCAGAGGAAGUGAUUCAUUUGAUGAAAGAAGAUGGAGUGAAGCUGAGACUAGAGAACUGGUUAGUGAUGCUUAAUGCUUAUAGUCAGCAAGGGAAGAUGGAGCAAGCUGAAUCUGUAUUGGUCUCUAUGGAAGCAGCUGGAUUUGCUCCGAGUGUGAUUGCGUACAAUACUCUAAUCACUGGUUAUGGUAAGGUUUCUAAAAUGGAGGCAGCACAGAGCUUUUUCCACCGUCUGUUUGAUAUUGGACUGGAGCCAGAUGAGACAACGUACAGGUCCAUGGUUGAAGGAUGGGGCCGUAAUGACAGUUACGAAGAGGCAAAGUUUUACUAUCAAGAGCUGAAGCGGUUGGGAUAUAAACCUAAUUCAUCAAAUCUUUUCACUUUGAUCAACUUGCAGGCUAAAUAUGGAGAUAAUGAUGGUGCUGUUAAGACUAUUGAAGAUAUGGUGAGUGUUGGAUGUCAAUAUUCGUCGAUCCUUGGCAUUGUUCUUCAGGCUUAUGAGAAGGUUGGGAAGAUUGAUGUAGUGCCUUAUGUUCUCAGAGGCUCUUUUCAUAACCAUAUCCGUUUAAACCAGACUUCUUUCUCUAUUUUGGUGAUGGCUUAUAUCAAGCAUGGUAUGGUUGAUGAUUGCUUGGCUUUGCUGCGAGAGAAGAAGUGGAGAGACUCAGCGUUUGAGUCACACUUGUAUCAUCUGUUGAUUUGCUCUUGCAAAGAAUCUGGUCGAGUUAAUGAUGCUGUGAAGAUAUACAACCAUAGAUUGGAGUCUGAUGAAGAGGUAAGUCUGCACAUUACAUCCACAAUGAUUGACAUUUACACUGUGAUGGGCGAGUUUGGUGAAGCGGAGAAGCUUUAUUUGAAGCUGAAAUCUUCUGGAGUUGUGUUGGAUAGGAUUGGAUUCAGUAUUGUGGUGCGGAUGUACAUGAAAGCUGGAUCUUUGGAGGAAGUAUGCUCUGUUCUGGAGAUCAUGGAUGAGCAGGAAGACAUUGUUCCGGAUGUGUUCUUGUUCCGCGAUAUGCUUCGGAUAUAUCAGAAGUGUGGUCUUCAGGACAAACUCCAGCAGUUGUACUACAGGAUUCGGAAGAGUGGGAUCCAUUGGGAUCAAGAGAUGUACAAUUGUGUUAUAAACUGUUGUGCACGUGCUCUUCCGCUUGAUGAACUCUCAAGAACCUUUGAGGAGAUGAUUCGAUAUGGAUUCACUCCUAACACAGUCACGUUUAAUGUGCUUCUUGAUGUAUAUGGUAAAGCCAAGCUCUUCAAAAAGGUCAACGAGGUUUUCUUGCUGGCGAGAAGACACGGAGUUGUGGAUGUGAUAUCUUACAACACCAUCAUAGCCGCAUAUGGACACAACAAGGACUUCACAAACAUGUCGUCGGCGAUCAGGAACAUGCAGUUCGACGGGUUUUCUGUGUCUGUUGAAGCUUAUAACUCGAUGCUGGAUGCGUACGGGAAAGAUAAACAGAUGGAGAAGUUCAGAAGCAUUUUGAAGAGGAUGAAGAAGUCUAGUUGUGAGACGGAUCGUUAUACAUACAACAUCAUGAUUAAUAUCUAUGGAGAGCAAGGAUGGAUCGAUGAAGUCACGGAUGUGCUGAGAGAGUUGAAAGAAUCUGGACUUGGUCCUGACUUGUGUAGCUACAACACGCUGAUAAAGGCGUAUGGUAUUGGGGGUAUGGUUGAAGAAGCUGUUGGGUUGGUGAAAGAGAUGAGGGCAAGAGGGAUAACACCUGAUAAAGUGACUUACACCAAUUUGGUCACAGCUUUGCGGAGGAACGAUGAGUUUCUUGAGGCUAUUAAGUGGUCUUUGUGGAUGAAGCAAAUGGGUAUAUAA